GGCUGCGUUUCUUAUCCAAACCUCUGGAGCUGGGCAAUAAAAAAAAAAACGGUUUGCAAAACGGGGCAUCUCGUUAGGGUUCACAACGAAACAAUCCAAUGUGGAGAUUUUACGCCGACGUGCUGUGCUGAGAAGAUAUUUGGGGGAAAUGCAUCGACUCACGCUUUGAAGGAUGAAAGAUCAUUUUUCUCCUUAACCCUUUCUGCACCAACAUCUGAGAAACAAUCGAGAAGAUGAUGCGCCAGGUGACAACCAGUGACUUCUGCAUGAACAGCAGGCCGUCAUGCCUCGCUGAGGAUGGCCACCACCCCUCCUCCCACUUUGACUUGUGCACCCAGGCCAACAAGUUCUACCCUCCUCCGCUUCCAUCAGCCCUUCAGAUGACACUGGCUCCCAUGGUCUUACCCGCCCAGAGCCACAAACCCAUGGUGUGCCAGAGACAGGAAGUGCUCGGGGACUUGCCUGGAAAAGUACCCGGCAUUAAAACCACUGAUCCAGCACCAGAUGACAAGAAGAAGAACAAGGCUGCCGGGAAGAGUGGCAGACGUGGGAGGCCCUUGGGAACCACCAAGCUAGCCGGGUACAGAACCAGCACAGGGCGACCCCUCGGUACUACCCGAGCUGCGGGGUUCAAGACGAGCCCAGGACGGCCGCUGGGGACAACCAGAGCGGCAGGGUACAAGGUCAGCCCGGGUCGGCCUCCUGGCAGCAUCAAGGGCCUCUCUCGCCUCAACAAACUAGCCUAUAGCACCUGCAGCGGAGCGGCUUUCCCCUAUCCGCUUCCACACAAGGAAAUCCUCUGUGAACCUUCCUGCAAAGAGAAGACAGCUAACGAGUAAAGUCUAAAAUCUGUUUUACUCACCUUCUGUCGGUUCAAACAGAGAAGCAUGUGUACAGGUCUUCUUGCCAGACAAUGGGGGAGAUUGCAACCCUUCCCGGUCUACUGAGCGGAUUUUUUUUGAUUAUUUGUGUAUGUGUCAUCUGUGUGCCUGCCACCUGAUAUAAUACUGUUAGUUUUUCAGUGCUACUGCUGGAGAUCUAUAGUGAGCGGAAGGUUUCAUUACACCUUGGAAAAAAAGUAAAAACACAUGUUCAUUUAGCAGGGGGCAACUGUAGUAAUAGGUCAUGACAAGUUCAGUAUUUAGCGUGCUUUAUGUAGCCUUUAAACAUCAUUAAAUAAUGAAUUUACGUACAGUAUGUUAUAACUGUUAUCAUUUUUUAAUAUUUUAUUAUUAAUUAUACAAAUUAGACUGUCCUGAGAGGAUUGUGAGCUGCAUAUGUGUAAAACAUGUUGGGCCGCUUUAGGGCACAAAACAAGGACACAUUUUACUACUGUAUGUUCAUCACACUAUAUCUGAUUUCCAUUUAAGCUGAUGUUGGGAAUUAACUCUUGUUUUUUAUUUGCAAUCACAUGCAAAGUAAGAAAGGAGGAGGAAGAGGGACAAGUAGCAACAUAGAAGGAAGGUUUUUCUGAAAUGUGGUCUUUAAUUUCAAAAGCAAAAUGCUUUAUUUAUCACUUAUUAUGUGUUACAUUUGUAAAAAGGAGGAAUCUAUCAUCAGAGUAACAGUCGGUGGUCAAGUGCCUUGCUCAGUGGCACUUAGAAGACAGAUGUAUAGAUAAACCUCCACGCUAUUUGCUAUGGAACAAUGGAAUCCAAUAAAACAAACUGUAAUUGUAAAAAAAAAGUCUUUUGUGGAUUGAAAUCAGGUCUGAUCAAGAUUAAGUUAACAAAAAUAUUAAGAGGCACUUGUUUUGAACUUUUGAUAUCUGACUGUUUUUCAUUUUCGUUUCUACGGACACAUUUCGUUUUAUUAUCCAAAAGAAAUCCAUUUUGCCACAUUGCCAUUAUUUGUAAUACAUUGAUUUUGUGGUUACUGUACAAACUUGAGGGAUACAAACUUAGCUAACAUGCGCAAUUUAAAUAAAAAAAUGUUUAUAUAUAUACAUGCUUUAAGGUCCCAUUCAUCCCAAGAAAAUUAGCAGAUUGAUAUUCAAAAUAUCUUAUCUGUAACAUGAAUGUGUGGCUGAAUGCACUGACUGAGACUAAUAUGGUAGUGACAUUGUAGUUAUAAAAUGUAUUUACUGAAAUUAUCAUAAAGAAAACCAUUUAUUUGAUGUAAUACGUGUGUGUUACCAACCCCAACUAAAGCCUCAAAUAUAGUCUUGCUCACAUGAACAGCAAAAUAAUGAAGAUACAUUUUUUAUUUGGGUUUUAAUCAUAGACUGUAUGGUUUUAAUGCUGAAUCAUAAACAAAGGAGACCAUCACUGAUGAUCCUCUGCUGUCUCUGUUCUAUGUUUUUACACUGUGAGCCGCCAGAUUUUAUUUGGUGGUGAAUCUGCAGACAGGUGGUGCUGUUAUUACAGUUAUUACAGAAGCAGGGGUUGGAAAAAUCGCUUCCAUUACAUUCAUUGCCUUUGAUAAAUAUGAAGAGAAAAGAACAACUAAUAGCCACAUUGUGGAUCAAAUUACAAUCAUGGUCUCCUUUGCAGUGAUCACUGUACAAGACUUUAGUUUUACUAUUUGGAUGACAUCAUUUCCACAUUGUAAAUCAUCCUUUCAAGUUUUAAUUUUAACCAUGAGGAGGUCAAAUGGUGUCUUUUCUUUUAUUAUGUUGUCUAAGGUACAAUACCAUACUGUAGAUCACUUGAGUCCGACUGUUUGGGAAGCUGGUGUUUUAAUGAAAUGCUAAAAUGUUUAAUAAUUAAGGCUGACUGAAAAGGUGCAGUAGUUUUAUUGAUUACAUUUUUGUCAUUUUACAAGAUGCUUAAUGCACGGUAAAUACAAAGUCAAUAAUAUUCAGAUAAAAUAUGGCUGAAUAUGUGCAUCUCCGCACACUGUCUUUUUAUUAGAAAUGUAAAACUUUGCCCUGAUGAACAUUCAGUUUUUGAUAGUGGUAUAAUGGCAUUUUAAAUCCUGAGAGUUUAGAAACAGUAAAGAUUUCACUGAGUUGCUCCCUCAUGGUGAAAUAUGAAAUUGUUGAAUUUGGUGCAAUAAUCUGUUGUAUGUAUGUAUUGUACUGUGGAAACUUUGAUACUAUCACUUUCUUAUAGUCGUUGUAUUUUUAUACUUGUGUACAAGGCCUUCUCUCACCUGUUUUCUUGAUGUGUGUAGUGUUACUGAAAUGUCACAUACAAACAUCCUUUUCACACUCCUACCAAAGAUUAUGAUGUUACCUAGUAGGCUUUUACUCUAUUUGAUUAAAAAAAUAUUCCAACAUCUCACAAAAUAACCUUAGCAUGUAUGUUACUGUGUAAAAUGUAAAUGAAAAAGCACUUGGAGACCACUAUCUCUUUAAAGGAUAGUAUGAUUGUUUGAAUGAGUAAAAAUACUUUAAAUUGCAUUUAAAGGUGUCAAAAAGCCAGUUUAUUAAAUGCAUUGUACAUUGUUGUACAUAGAUAAUGUAAACUUAGUUCCUCGCGACUAAUCGUAUUUAUAUAAUCUGUUAUUCAACUUUGACACUAGUUCUCUUUUAGUUAUACUUCUAAUGGAGCCACCUUGUAUAUUUUAAUGAUGGAUUUUUGUUGAGCUGACACGAGGCCUGCCAGUUUUACAUUCUUGAGUUGAACGUCUAUUUUACAGUCUUUGUGUUGGAUUAGUUAUGUUUUUUUGUAUUACUCAUUUUGUUUUCAAGGCUUUUUGAUGAAUAUGAUGAGGGGGAGGCAAAAGGGAUGCUGGCAGGAUGCACUGUUUUCUGAACAAUCCCUCUUUCACAGAAGACGUUUUGGACUGUCACAGUAUAAAAUUCACUGUCACCAUUUCACUGCUUACUGAGACACUUGAAUUAACAGUAAAUGAGCAACACAUAACUAUUUUUUUCCUUACCAGGUCAAAUGUCUGCUUUGAAAAAGGUCUUCAUCUGUCCUGCUUCCUCUUUUAGGUAACAGUGUUAGCUUCCAGGAGGUGUUGCUGGUGGAACAGCAACAACACAUUGCUGUAAAUACAUACAAUCUUUCAUCAGUAGAUCUUGGUCCUUAUUUUUAUGUCAAUUAAUAUUUCCAAAAAUGUCUUCGGCUUUUGGAAAAGGCAGCUUGGAAGAUCACUUAUAAACAACAAAAUUGCCUAGGUUAAAAUUAUCAUUGUGAGCUGGAUAAUAUGUACACCAAAUCCUGUUUUUCAAGGUUGUGUUGGAUUUUUCAUCUUUUGUGUUAAUGUGAUUUUUAAUUAUUAUUAUUAAUUUAACUUGGUACAUAUAAAGAAUCCCCAGGAACAUGAUUAAUCUCAUUAGAAAGACUGAUAAAAGAAAACUAAUUGAGAUACAAUUGUUAAUAGACUUCCUUUUCCAAAGAAUGCCUGAACAUCAUAACACUUUUUUGUACUGUUGCCAGACUUCUAAAGAGGGAAUACAUUCACAUGUUAACAGUGUACUGACGUAAGAUUCUGUAUUUCACAGCAUGUACAAAGUCACCUCAGAGCACCCUGUGUACGUCUGUUUCACUGUGUAGCUUUGAGCUCUCAUUUAAAUGCUUUGCGAUGAGGUGUAGGAACAUACAGUAUGUUUCUUGGGUUUUCUGUACCUUAUGGACAGAAUGGACAUUUUGGAUAAGGACUCUCUAAGGAGGACAACACAAAUGGGAUAAGAGAAGGAUGUUUAUCAAAGUUGGUAGACUCACUAUUAUGCCUAAUUUAUAGUAAUUCCUGUCAAAUUUAGCUGUAGGUUAAAUCAGUGCACAGGAAUUCAUACUUUAUUUUAUAUUUCCUUUUUCCUUUAUUGUUUUUGGAGUGAUUUACUCCUCUCACCAUCUUCAGCAAUAAAGCAACACAUGGUAUGUUGUCUGUAGAUGAUGAUUUCCCAAAAUCUUUACUCACAUAUCGAGUGUUUUUGAGACAAUGUGAAGCCUGUAAAGCUUUCUAUAAUUCCGAUUUUAUUCCUGCAUGAUUGUUCUGGAAUGUUCAAAGGUUGUGUAAUAAAUCAGAAAAUAACACACUCUGAAA